AUGGAUGCGUAUGUGGGCAUAAGUAUUGUGGAAUAUGCUUCCGUUACUCAGAAUGAGCCCGACGCGACAGGCGAAGCUGUGGGGGAGAUUCGAGAUUUAUGUGAUGAAGCAGCACCUACCUGCUGCAACUGCUUAAAAAAGAGCUUUCACUGCAAUGGUGCCCAGAGUGAAACACUCUACAGAUUCAUUGACCCCAGCCAGGCGGCUCCAAUCAAAACCGGUGUCUCCAGCCCACAUCCAUUGCCAUAUAAGGAUUCAACUUCCCCUUGCCAACAUUCUAUGGAUUUGCAAAGUGGAUCCACACUUCAUCAGAUUUUCUUACUAUGGAGAGUGCGGCUAACAGAAAAGGAUAUUGAAACUAAUCCCACCGCUGUCAAUGAUGAGGCUCGCGAUCUCCAGUCCCAUUCCUCCAGCGAUGGUCCGUACUUGAUUAGCAAUGCUGAUUGUUACUCAGACUAUCUUGAUAUCCGUGGUGAUAUUUGUCGCGGCGAUGAAAAUGCACCCUUGGCUUUCAUUGUUUUCAUUUCAGAGCCUGUACUUCAAGAGCGGCUGGAGUAUCUGAAGGCUCAUAUUUUUCAUCUACAGUGUAUCCUUCGCACAUUCUCUGAGAAUAGAUUUGAUGGACCUCUGGCAUUACCAUACGCGCUUUGUCUGGUAAAAAUUCUUCGACAACACGCAGGGCAGCAAUUGUCUGUGAAGAGAUUGGAUGAUACCAUCCAAUUCCUCUCCACACGAUUGAGAGGGCUGCUGUCAACACCUCUGUUAUAUACCGGUCGAGGUCGCAUAAGUCGUGCAUCACUUCUACUUCAACGGCAGGUGUUCCACGAGCGUCAGAACUUGCCAGGAGAUCUCUGGCAACGGAGCACUGUUUUGAGCUUCUCCAUGGAUGACAAUCUAACUGUAACAUUGUUCCUUACAAAUCAUCCCUAUUUCAAAGUGCCUGAUGAGAUUUGGAAUGGUGUUAACUCCUUGAAUUUGGGUAUUGCUGAUGUGGCUGUGAUGUUUGGUGUUGGUUAA